UUCGUCCACAAAAAAAAUCGCUAUUAUUCCUGGUUACAUUAUCAUUAUCAAAUUAAGGACGUCCUGGUAAAGGGUCAGGUCAAAAGUACCCGAAACCGCCGAGCUUGCAUGAAGAGAGUUAUUAUGUGGAUGAAGCGAAGGAAAUAUGCAGAGAUCGUGGCAAGUGGAAAGAGGUAGUCUCUGCCUACCCCUCCGGGAAAGAGGCGUGAUUUUAUCUAUACUAAUAUUAUAAAGCUGAAGAGUUUGUUUGUUUGAACGCGCUAAUCUCAGGAACUACUGGUUCGAAUUGAAAAAUUAUUUUUGCGUUGAAUAGACCAUUUAUCUAGGAAGGCUUUAGGCUAUAUAACAUCACGCUGCAACUAUAAGGAGCAAAGAAAUAAUGGAAUAUGUGAAAAAAAUGUGUAUAUUAUUUAUCCUUGAGGGCUUCAAUGAUGCCUAAAAUAACUAUUCCACGCGGACGAAGUCGCGGGCACAACUAGUGUAUGUAUAUAUGUGACAUUCUCAUCUCUCUGAGAGGAACAUAGGGUGCGCCUUUGAUCAUGGCUUGGAUGAGUGAGGUUUUCACACGAAGCGUCUCCCGUUUGACCUCGGCAACCUUUGUAGGGGAACCUAACCCGUAUCGGAUAUUCGAUACACAUCCAGUUACCUGACCAUGGAUCCUGGAUUGGGUGAGUCAGGUUUUUAACCCGAAAUGACUCCCAUCUGACCUCCGUAACCUUUACAACCCAACCAAUAUCAUGGUAAAAGCCACCUGCAACUAGUUCUAUAAAAACAAGACGUAAUAUAAUAUCAUAUGAUUAGAAUUUAUUUAUUAAUAGCCGUAUUGCUGACAAGGCAGACAGACAGACAUGUUGUUUGUUUGUUUAUGAUUUAUCUAACCCUGAAAUGUUAUACCAUGCUGAGCAUACAAUUCUUAUCUUAAGUAGGUCAAGCGAAUUAUAUGUUCAAAAUAUUUGAUAUUUAUAUAGGAAGAAGAAGAAUAUUAUAAAAACGAAAGAAAUUUUAUUUGCCGUGUGGUUUCCGGCACCAAUACGAAAAAGAAUAGGACCACUCCAUCUCUUUCCCAUGGAUGUCGUAAAAGGCGACUAAGGGAUAGGCUUACAAAUUUGGGAUUCUUUUUUAAGCGAUGGGCUAGCAACCUGUCACUAUUUGAAUCUCAAUUCUAUCAUUAAGCCAAAUAGCUGAACGUGGCCAUUCAGUCUUUUCAAGACUGUUGGCUCUGUCUACCCCGCAAGGGAUAUAGACGUGACCAUAUGUAUGUAUGUAUGAAAUUUUAUUUGUUUGUGGUUUUUUCACGCGUUAUCUGCUGAACCAAUCGUUUUAAAAGUUUUCGUAUAGGGUACUUUUUAUCCCCAUAAAAAAACCUGCAUUCCUUUGUAGGUGGCGAUAAAUUCGCUCGUUUACGAGUAGGUGGCGCUAAUUUCAAGCGGACGAAACCGCGGGUAAAAGCUACGAGGACGAACAUAGAAUUUACAUUGUCAAUAAUUUUUAUCAAUUAAUUCUAUUCUCUAUGCCGGAAACAAUAUGGCCGUUAUUGUUCUUUUUUUUAUUUCUUAUUUUUUAGAACUCACACUCCUUUAACACUUUAAUUAUCGCUAGUGUGAAUUGCCUCCACGAAUCAAUUGACAGCACAAAGGUAACAUUACGAUCAAAACAACUUUUAAAGUCAGCGUCAUUAAGACUAUAUUCGCAUGAAGUAACAUCAAUAAAAGUUUGCAAAAUUUAUCGCAACGGAAAAACUUCAUUGAUUGAAGUUUAAAAAUAGAGAUGUUACCUAACUUAUGUAACAUUAACCAAAACUAUCGGAUAUCCGAUAUACAAAAAAAUAUCCGAAACCUUAUAAAAGUUUCGGAUUAUCCGAAUUAGAAAUAAACAAAAAUAAAAAGAAAAUGGAAUAGGACCAGAAUCUAUUUCCCAUGGAUGUCGUAAAAGGCGACGAAGGGAUAGGCUGAUAAACUUGGGAUUCCUCUUGUAGGCGAUGGGCUAGCAACCUGUCACUAUUUAAAUCUCAAAUCCAUUAUAAAAAGCCUUACAACUGAAGGUGGCCUUAUAGUCUAUUCAAGACUGCUGGCUCUGUCAACCCCGCAGGGCAUAUAGACCUGACCAUAUGCAUGUAUGUCAUUUAUCCGAAACUAACGGAUUAUCCUCAAUCUGUGUAAUUUGUCCCGUACAUAUUUUACCCGAAAUAAUUUCAUAUAUCCAUAUAUAUCCGGUAUGAUUAUUCCUUUACUUAACAUUCUUAUCCCAUCUAAUAUUUCAUAUUAAACACAUCACUAGUUUAAAUCAUUUAGGAAGGCUGUUUUAACUUUACGUGUUGUGGAAAUGUAAUUAUUUGAUAAGAUAAACAUAUGUAGGUAUAUGUUGAGGUUUCAAUCUUGUUUGUUAUCAAAACACUUCCGCUGAACUAUAGGGGCUAGUGAUCUUAUUCGAGUUAAAAUUUUGUUUUAUUUUUGGCAAUGAAUUAAGUAUUUAAUCAUUGCAACUAAUUAAUUAAUGAUUCAUUAAAUUAUAAAUUUUUAUACAACAGUUGUAAUAGUUCAUUAUUGAAUUCGAUUAUUAAACUUUAGUUUUAACAAUUAACUAGAUACGGAUUUCUGAAACGUAAAAGCUAUCAUCUGACUUAAAUCCUUUGUAAUAUGAUAAUUAAAAUUAUGCAUAACCUUAAUAAAAAUAAUUAUAAUAAAUUAAAUCCUACUUAUAUUAUAAAUGUGAAAGUUUGUUUUAUCCCGGAGUUCCCGAGGGAUUGAUAGGGUUUCCAUGCGGACGAAGUCGCGGCCGGCUUCUAGUAUGUUAUAUAAAUUAGGUACAACGUGAAAUGAAUCAUAAUCAAUACAAGCGAAAAUUUACCUCAAAUUAUUUAUUAUGCAUCCUAUAAAAAUAUGUUUACUGUGGCAAACUAUUACAAUGAAUGAUUAAUUUGAAUGAAUCACCAUAUGAUGUUUAUUCGCGACUGAAUAUUGGUUAAUGAUUGCGUAAGGACAAUGUGUAGGAUUCAAUUUUAUUUACUUCCAACUUUUAUACUAGGAAAACCGCAUUACCUAAAUUUAAAAUGAAAGAUUUCAAAGCACAAAGUAGGUUACUACCUACACCACACUACAAACACACACACACAUAAUCACGUCUAUAUUCCUUGCGGAGUAGACAGAGCCAACAGUCUUGGAAAGACUGAUAGGCAACGUCCAGCUGUUUGGCCUAAUAAUCAUUUGGCCAGAAUUGAGAUUAAAUAGUGACAGGUUGCAAGCCAAUCGCCUAAAAUAAAAAUCACAAGUUUAUAAGCUUAUAGUACCAAGGAGUACCCUUUUACGACAUCCAUGGGAAAGAGAUGAAGCGGUCCUAUUGUAUUUUCUUGUUUGGUGCCAUACGCAUCUUAAAUUUGUUGAAAAUUCGUUAGAUUCGUUGAGGAAGGAAAAAAAUAGGAAAAAAACACAUCUUUAUAGGUACGCAUGUUUUUAUAAAUAUGCACUAUGGUUGCUGAGAUAAUUUUCCAUCAAAAAAUACACCUAAGUAUUCAAAUUUAGGUAACUCUAAGCAAAUAUUAUGAUGUUACAUAACUCCUUUUCGCGCUCGGAUAAAAAACAAAACAAUCAGUUUUUUUUUAAUUCAUACGAGCAAAAACAUUCCAUCUCAUCGUUUCUAAGAAGAAAUGAGCGAACAAUAGCACACGUUCGUAUUUUAAAUGACAAAGCUGUACACUCGUGACCUGACAAUAUAACAUUCUGUAAACAAGCAUUCUUCUCACGUUUGACUUGAAAUCUGACCAUGACCACUGCUUUUGUUACCUUUUAGAUAUUCCAUUUAUUAUUGGUCUUUCCUGGUCUUUAGAGAAAGCAAUUCUUAGGUAAUAUCAUAGUCUUGUGUUUCCCUUUUGUAAAUUGUGAUUUGAAUACUAAAAGUCUUGGGACGUGAAGGAAGUACUGGCAACUUUUUAUUUAUAUUCAAUUGAUAAAUAUUUUUUUUUCCAAUAUUAUUUAUUAUAUCCUAUAUUGUAUAUUUAUUUGAAAUGAAAAUAAUAAAAACACAAAAAAAAUAUUUAAGUAAAAUUAAAACUAAAGAAAAUUAUUGAAAUAAAUAGGUAUUUAAAUAAAAAUAUUGAAAUUUCACAUAGGUUCUUAGGAUCAUAAUAUUUGUUCAUAUAAACAAGCCAACUCGUACGCCAGUACGUCACAAACUCUGUGAAUAACCCAACUUUUUAAUAAAUAUUCUUUUGUAAGUUCAUAAAAAAAUUGCUAAUAAAACAACGGUCUCUGCCUACCCCUCGGGGAAAGAGGUGUGAUUUAUGUGUGUAUGUAAUAAAAAAAUAUAUGCUAUAAGAUUCCAAAAUCAGUUGUUUUAUUUUUCAAAAAAAGGUAGGUACUAAUAAUAACAGCAGUAGAAAUUUUUUGCAAUAUUCACUGAGACUAAUAACCGUAAAUAUAUACGCUCUUCUAAAGGUCACAAAAUAGACCUGACAAAUUUGCAUAGCGAUAUAAAUAACCUUUCUUUCAGUAAACGCGCGAAAUUCUUCCGCUAUCCGUUGCCUUCAAAUUAUCAUUUAAAAAUUAUAAUCUAGCUCUUAGUCUAUCAUAUACGGCAGUCCUCUUCAGUAUUUAAUGAGAACGCUCACACAUGUGGCGUAUCGCGCGCCAUUACAAAUUGGCGGGAAUAUAUCGUUCGUAAUUCGAAUUAUAAAAUGACGUGAAAAGAAAAAGAUAUUAGUGUUUAAUUUUUUGUUCGUGGACUUUUUUUUAAAUGAAAAUGCGUUCGUUAUUAGUUUUUAUUUUGGCAAGUUAUGCUGUUAAUUGUGAUGAUAACUAUUACGUGAUAGAAAUGCCUGAUGAUCCGCCCACCCUGUGGGAUAGUCAGCGACCGUUCAGAGUUUACUGGAAUGUCCCCACCAUGCAGUGUACAUCGAAGAAGAUACCGUUCAAUAACUUGGAUAGAUUUGGGAUCCUACAAAACAAAGGUGACAGUUUCCGCGGAGACCGGAUAGCUAUACUCUACGACCCUGGUUUAUUCCCCGCCUUGCUCAAGAAUGACAGCAGCGGAGAAUACAAGUUCAGGAACGGCGGGGUUCCUCAGGAGGGGAACCUGGAGAAACAUGAGGAAGCGUUCAGGAACAUAUUGGAGAGUAGCGUGCCUGAUCCGGAUUUUAAUGGUGUCGGUAUUAUAGACUUCGAAUCCUGGCGUCCGGUCUUCAGGCAGAAUUUUGGAGUCCUGGUGCCUUACAAAGAUGUCUCCGUCGAGAUUGAGAGGAAACUGCAUUGGUGGUGGCCCAAGAAUUGGAUGCAAGCUGAGGCGAAGCGCCGUUUCGAAGAUGCGGCCCGCACAUUCAUGAAGACAACUCUUUCAAUCGCCAAGCAGAUGAGACCCCUGGCUUUAUGGGGUUACUACGGGUUCCCCUACUGCUUCAACAUGGCCAACAAGGAUAUGUCUGAAGCCUGUUCUGGUGCCGUCCAAAGGGAGAACGAUGGGAUCUACUGGUUGUGGUCUGAGAGCACAGCUCUGUUCCCUUCAGUGUACAGCUCCAAGGAGCUGUCCGCCCCGCAGCUGGCGGCGCUGGCGCGCGGCCGGCUGCGGGAGGCGGCGCGCGUGCGGCGGCGGGGCGCCCCCGUGCUCCCCUACUUCUGGUUCCGGUAUCGGGACGGCGGGUUCAUGACUAAGAAUGACCUUGAUAUAGCUCUCAAAACAUUCUACAAGUCAGGCGCAGACGGUUUUAUCAUAUGGGGCAGCUCCAAGGAUGUAAACACUGCCGAGAAAUGUACAGAAUUACUGGAUUACGUGAACAAUAUCAUGGGACCAGCCAUUGCUAAGUACGCCUCUAGCGGAAGUUCACAAAAUGAUGUAUCUGUUGAAGAAAAUAGUAUAAGCAGUAAUAAUACUUCGGAAAAUGGGACCCAAAUAGAAUCAGAUCCAGAAUAUCAUUGGGUCCCACCUGAAAAUUAUACGCAAAAUAUAAAAGAACAUGUCAAAGAGCUUAUUAAGAAUUCUAGAAUUAAUACAUCGAAUGAAAAUCAAGCCACAGUUAUACCUGAAAGAAAUAGUUUAUUAGAUAUUGUGAUACAUUUAAUAAUGAAUGAAAAGCAAAAUUUAACUGAAAUUUUUGAAAAUACAAGUGAAUAUAGUACAGUUAGAAAUAAUAAAAGGGACACAUCAGAUGAAUAUUCAACCAUUGGUGAUAACUAUAGUACGACUGAACAAUACACAGCUGAUCAGAAUAGUACUGAGCAAUUUACUAGUGAAGAAUUUACUACUGAGCUAUCUACAACUGAAAUUUUAAGUACAAACGAACCAAAUUUCGAUUCAAGAACUGUGGAAUACACACAAUACUCAACGGAAGAUAUAAAGAAUAUGUAUAGUACUACAACUGAAGAAGGUAAUUUAGAUAUAAGUGUCGCCAGUGAUGACAAUAUAAUAUUCUCUAUACUAGAAACAAUAACAAAAGCAGAAACAUCUACUUUUGAAAGAACAGAAGGAACGAGUACCACAACAGAUUUAACACAAACAGAAAAAAAUGAAGAAACAACUGAAUCUAUUUUAGAUGUAAACAUUACAGAACUUCUAAUUUUAAAUAAUGAUUUAAGUAAAGAAGAAAGUUUUUCAGAGGGUUCUCAAGAACUAACAACCGAAUCUAUAACUUCAAAUGUAACUACUGAAAUCAGAAGAGGAUUCGAUACAUCCAAAUCUAUAAAUGAUAGCGAUCCAUCAAACAAUAAAAUUAAUAAUGCGAAGAAUAAGAAAAAAGGAUUAAAGACGAAAAAUUUAGAAGUAUCCACUUCCAGUGACACGGCUAUUCCCCAUCAGGUCUGCGAUUCAUCGGCUUCGGAAAUCUGCCCUCUCGUGGUCUUAAGAACUUUUAUUUUCGUCCAUGGAAUCAUGAACUGUUUUAAUUUCUUUCAAAUCUUGUCGUAACUCAUUAUUAGCAAGUAUUACGAGUUUAUCGUUGAUAAUACCAGAAUUGUCUUCAAAAUUUGCAACAUCGUGUCGAAUAUCAUUAGCUAUUUUUUGUAUUAACUCAUGGGAAUGUCGUUGUAAUGAAUUGGUGUUUCAAAUCAAACAAAUGUAUUAACUAUUAGUAUUUUAAAGCUACGACCCGAGUCUUUUGGUGCUCUAUCAUCUUCGUAACAAGUAAAGACGUGUACUUGUUUUGUUGUUAUAUAUCUGUGAUAUUGUGUACAUAUAAAUAUAGUUUGUUAAAUUUUAAAUAAACUUUAAUUGAUAGAAAUAUAUUAUGAAUUUAGUU